GGACCUAGCAGGAAUAUGUGGGGAAAAUACAGGAGGAGGCAGCACAGGUCCAGCAAGACUAUGAAUCUCUGUUCCAAAUGCUUUGCUGAAAAAAGAAAUCCACACAACGAAAAAGAUUUCCAAAAGAAGCAGACAGAUGAUGACUCCACUCCCAGCACAAGCAACAGCCAAUCAGAUUUGUUCUCUGGAGAAACAAACAGUGACAACAGCAAUACCUCUCUAACUACGCAGACUGUUAACUCCAACCAGCAACUUUCGACAGAACUGAAUGUAACUUCACUGAGCAAAGAGGAAUGUGGGCCAUGCACAGGUACAGCUCAUGUCUCCUUAACCACACCAACCAAAAGAUCCUGUGACUCAGAUUCACAGUCGGAGAGUGAGGCUUCUCCUGUGAAACGGCCACGACUACUGGAGGACAGUAAUGACAGGCCUGAGGAAACCAGUCGAUCUAAACAGAAGAGCAGACGCAGGUGCUUCCAGUGCCAAACAAAACUGGAGCUAGUACAGCAGGAACUGGGAUCAUGUCGCUGUGGUUACGUGUUCUGUAUGUUACAUCGCCUACCCGAACAACACGACUGCACAUUUGACCAUAUGGGACGUGGCCGUGAGGAAGCCAUUAUGAAAAUGGUGAAACUGGACCGGAAAGUAGGGAGAUCGUGCCAGCGCAUUGGCGAAGGGUGUUCCUGAGUGCAAGACUCUGCAACCAAAUGCUGUUCUCUUAGUUCACUAAUGUUAGCCUUAUUUAGGACAAAAUCAGCCAGACACCUUGUACUGGGCAAGUUUCAGACUACAGCCAAUCAGUUUCCUUUCUUUAGCCAACCGUCCUGGUACUGUAGUUUAGGGGUUGAUGGUGGUUGAAAUUGAUUUCUGGCUGGUUAUUAAGGUGCCUGCUAGCCACUGAAUAAAAUUAAAACAUGAAGAAAUACUUUCUCGAGCAUGGCUAGUGGAUUUAAACAAAACAAAUAAUCCAAAGGCUUCUAUUAUUGCUGGAGUCACUUUCAAAGCCUUAUGCUGGAAAUCUUCCAGCUACAGAGUUAAAACAAGGAGCUGAAUAGAAGCUGAUGUAAAAGUUUGCUAUGCACAUAGCUUUCAGACAAACUGUGUUUAAUGUGCAGCCUUUCACCUCUUCCCUUCUAAUUAAUCCUGACAAGGUUGAAACUCCACUAAGAGCAGCCACUGUAGCUGCUAUGCCCAGAAGACCUGAUUGGUCACUCAUGCCUUCAUCCCGUGUGGCUUCUGAGGUUAGGCCGUGUCACCAGCAUCAGGGAUUCUGACAGGGCGGGCAUGUCUUUCUGGUUCUUCCAGGAAGCCAAAAAGAGAGGGGGACAGAGAUUCUUAUGAAAAACUUUUAUAUCUAACUUGCUAUGGAGAACCUGGAUUUUUUUUUUCCGUUUAAAUAAUCUCACUUAAAGCGAACACCAUCCCAGAGCAGUAACCUGUAUGCAUUUUCUACAUGGCAUCUUCAGAAUUUCUAAGGGUUGUGUGAACAGAUUCCAUGGUUGUGGUAAACGCUGACCAGUGCAGCCGUUCACACCAGUGAAACCUGAUUGGCUCUUGUUUGCCUUUUGCUAAGUGCAGGUAUCUGAUAAUUGAUCAAAUAAGGCUAAUUCACAGCACAGUAGCCAUGGCUGGAUUCUACAGACUGACUUUCUGUAGCUAGACAUAUAUAUUGGGGAAAAAAGGACAUUUUGUAGCAAACGGAAUUCAGUAACAGUAUUGGGGAACAACCAGGAAAGCACCCUUUAUCAACUUGAGUUCGUACUCCUCGCUUCCAGAGUGUUAACAAGAUAAUCAAAUGGGCUAUGUCAGCCUUGUUCCUAUGCAGCUGAAUGCUCUCAUGAAAAUAUCUGCCCGCAUCUAUUGCAAAGCAAGUGUAGCAAGUGAAUGUGAAAAGCAUUACAUGGAAUAGACAGCACUGGAUCUGUUGUUCAGACCUAUGGUUCUGUAUUGCGGUCUGUCAUAUUGAGCUGAACUGCACAGAUCUCGUUAGUUUGUAGCAAAAAAUAUUUCAGCAUGUCUCCUGCUGCAGACAAAGUUUAUGCAGGUACAGAGGAUUUGUGUUGAUGCGGCUUGGUCUAGUCCUGUGUGGAUUUUGUUUCCCAACACAAAUUAAUAAGGCAUUAACAAUCAGGUAAUUCAGUAGGACAUCUGGGAUAGGGAAGGACUUUGUAUUGUCUUGAAAUAUUGGGCAGGUGUAAACCAUUCAAGAGGUGACAAUGAAUUGUCACUCCGAAAACUGGUGUGUGUGGGGUGGGGGGAGGGGAGAGCCGAAGUCAUCCUGUAUUCUCUUUGUUUUAAAAGUAAAUGAUUCCUUACAGGCCAAAUUAUACUGUUAUUUUGGUAGCCGGCUAGAAGCAUUUAACAAGGAGACAAUUUAAAUAUAUACUCAGCAUCUGACUGUAUUAGUGUAAAUUAACCCUGAAGCAAAUCAGAAAUGUCCCAUCAUUAUAAAAUGCAAGCUAUGGAAAAGGCUAACUGAGUUUGUUUGGAGGUUUUUUUAUUAUUAUUAUCCCAAACUAUGAAAUUGGCAGUAGAAAUUCCAGCGACAUGCUGUAUUUUCAGGAAAUGUUCCCACCUCAUCCUGGUGAGAGGGACAAUGCGAGGAUAUUCUUUACAUUUGCCAUGAGUUUAAAAACCAUGAAUUUCAGCUGCUGCUGGGAUAGGCACUUUCUUUUCCUCUCAAAUCCUAGCAUAGCAUUUGAUGGGCAUUCUGAUUUAUACGCGAGACUUUUCCACAUUAAUACUGAAGAUGCUAUUUGUUCUUCCUUAAUCUUUUCUUUAACCCUGUUACAGGUGCAUAGUUGGUUUCAAGGUGGCUCUUGAGAGAACACUACUCAUAGUUUAUGUGGGUUAUGGACAAUGUUCACUUUAAAAAAAAUUAAAAAGUGGGGGGAAGGGUUGUUCCUUUGCAGUAUCUGUUCUGUGAAGUUUGUUAAACGUAAAGAAAGCUUAAGUUCUUGUAUCUUUAAAGAAAAUCUUAUUUAACCCUUUUGUGUUCUAGAUUUACUUACACAUGUAGCCUAGAGCUCAGUUUUAGUUUAACAUUGUGAAAAUAUUAAAAAAAAAAAAAUCUUGUAACUUUAUUCUUUUUCCUCCUGCUAAAAAAAAAAUUAAACCAAUCAGAUUAAAGUUUGAAUUCCUUUCUGACUAUUCCAACAAGGAUUGUGAUCUGCACUGUUUCUGCUAAGGUUUGUGUAUGAAAUGUGAAUAAGGGAAAAAUCAGGCACUGGGCUAGUGAUUAUAGUUGAUGGGGAGCGGACAGCAUGCUUUUUUGCCAGUCUCUGGGGUUGGCACUAAUGCAGGGUUCAAGGUUAGCCAUUUCUUUUAUAAGCAAAUCUUAUUAAGUCUGCUGUAACUUCAGUAUUGGAAAAUAACAUUUUGAGGGUAGUUACUUAUACCAAUCAAAGGAAUUUCUUUGCUCCUAAGUCCUCUACACAGAGUGCUGCGCUGUUACAGCGGCAGGUAGAUAAAGAAUGUCCUCUAAAGUACAUUUUUGAUUAAUUUGGACAGGUUUCCACUCCCUCCCCCACUCACCUAUAGUAGCUGUCUUCUGAAUGCGAAGUUCCAUAGUUUAUGGAAUGUGUUCGUAAUUGGUAAUUAGCUGAUAGACUGCAUAGCUUGGAUUUUACCCAUCAUUUAGAUGUCUAAAAACACAGCCAUUUGAAUACCAGUAGUAUGUUUUAAGCACAUAGAUGGAAUGUCAGGAUGGAAUUUGGCUAAUUUCUUUAAAUUCAGUUUGUCAUUGAAAUGAUGCUUGAAAAUCAUGGGAUGUGUACCCCUAUUUCCCCCCCUCCAAUGAACACAGUGCUUUCAAACA